AUGGCGACUAAAAAGCUAACGGGAGGUAACGCUCUGGUGAAGAGACGAGUGGGCAAAACGGAUGAGAAGAAAGAGGAGCACAAAGACAAGGAGGACAUAAUCAAGGUGUAUUUCAACCCUGCUCAUUACACCGUCAUGGAAAAUGUGGGUCAAUUCGCGGUCACCAUAAGCCGUGAGGGAGACGUCAGGCCUACUGUUUGUGUCGACUUUAAGACAGAGGACGGCACCGCAAAUGCCGGCUCUGAUUACGAGCCAAUCGAGGGAACCAUUAUCUUCAGACCCAACGAAAUGCAUAAACAGGUGUUCAUAACAGUGAUCGACGACGACGUGUUUGAAGAAGACGAGCACUUUUACGUGCGGUUAAGUAAUCCGCGGUAUUUAAGUCACGACGGAUGCACUCCAAUGAAUGGUGCGAUCAGUCAGUCCAAUAAGAAUCCGCCGCUCUUACAGUUGGCCACCCCUGCGAUCGCCACUGUUAUGAUCCUCGACGACGACCACUCAGGCGUCUACUCAUUCGCCGAAACCCAAUACGAGAUCUCGGAAUCUGUCGGUGAAUAUCGUCUGAAAGUGAACCGAUUCAGUGGCGCCCGCGGACGGGUGUCUGUGCCGUAUCACACCUGUGAGGGCACCGCCAAAGAUGGUGUCGAGUUUCAGAUGACUGAUGGCGUUAUAUUCUUUGACAACAACCAGACCUCGUAA